UUGGUCCACAGAAGAAGGGCCAUAACUUUAAAAGCGCGAAGAGUUCUAAUUUUGAUGCCAGAAUCACACAACACAACAACCAGCCAUGAAGUUGUCAUUACCAAAACUCUAUCUCUUCUCUUACAAUUCCCUUCAAGCUUUUGGAUGGUCAGUUGCUCUGUUUAAAAUCCUGAGUACCCUUAUUUCAACAAACUCAGUCAAUACAGCUUAUGCUUCUGCUGGAGAGCUUAUCUGUCUGUUGCAAAUUCUUGCAUUCUUGGAAGUGAUACAUGGAGCUCUGGGUCUUGUUCCAAGCGGAGUGUUGUUCCCUUUUAUGCAAUGGGGAGGAAGAACCCAUUUUGUAUUCAUUGUUCGUAACCUCAUUGAGGUCCAGGAAUUGCCAUCAGUUUUUAUAACAUUUUUUGUGUGGAGCCUAUCUGAGGUAAUUAGAUAUCCACAUUAUGCUUUGAACAUCCUUGGAAAUUGUCCAUCUUGGAUCAAUUACCUCAGGUAUACGGCAUUCAUUGUUCUAUAUCCUAUAGGAAUUGCUCCUGGUGAAAUGUGGCUCAUAUACCAAGCCCUUCCAUUUGUUAAGAAGACGAGCCUUUUUGCUAAUUUCUUCGCUGCUCUCCCAUUGAAUUAUCACGACUUUCUCAGAGUUGGGCUUGUAUGCUACCCCUUUCUCUGGUUCAAUCUAUACCUGCAUUUGUUAAAGCAACGGCGGUUAAAAUUGGGUAAGCACCAUAAGAAGAAGAAUUGAAUAUUAGAGUUCUUUCAGCAUAAAUAUUCAGGAAUGUUUCAACAACAUGAAUAUCAAGUACAGAACUCCAGAAUCGUUGAUUGGGAGUUUAUGAAAUAACUGAUAUUCUUCCAUCUUCAAAUAAAUGUAUUUUUCCUCUUAUUUUUCUUAUUAGUUGGACCAUGUAUAUACUUUUUCUAAUAUCAUGAGAUUUAGAUACCAGUAA